UGUGUGUGUGUGUGCGUGUGUGUGAGAACCUGCUACUGGCUUCUUAUCCACAUCCACAGCCGCAGUCAGUGAGCCCGUCAGACAGGCGAGCGGUCAGGCGGUCUGCCCCAGUGGUAGUCUAGAGUGGGAAAAGUCUCCUCUACAAGAAGAAACUCUGGAAAAGAAAAAGUGCGGACAUGUUCGAUUAAUCGACAAGCUAGCUUUUAGCCGCAGCGGGCACGAGGUGAGGAUCUGUGGGCUGCACGUGGAACGAAGCGUCGUUUUAAAAACACAAACAGUUAAGAGAGCACCUCGUUGUCGCCUCUCGGAACCAACUGGUCCCACUUGUUACCCGAGAUGAGUGCCAAAGCAGCCAUCCACAAGGAGGUCUUCGUACCCCACGAUGAGAAGAUGCUGGCGGCCGUGCAGGUGAAGCGGAAGACCAAGAAGAAGAUCCCGUUCCUGGCAACCGGCGGCCAGGGGGACUACUUGACCUUCAUCUGCCUCUCAGUGACAAAUAAGAAACCAGCGCACGUCACCAUCACAAAGGUGAAGCAGUUCCAGGGAUCGUCCACCUUUGUAAAACGGUCACAGUGGACAAUCGACCAGCUACGGCAGGUCAAUGGCAUCGACGCCAACAAAGACUCUCCGGAGUUUGACCUGACAUUCGACAACGCCUAUGACCAGUGGGUCGCCGGUUCUGCGGGAGAAAAGUGCACCUUUGUCCAGAUUCUUCACCACACCUGCCAGCGUUACAUCCCCACGCGGAAACCAGAGUUUGUCAACUGUCAGUCCAAACUGCUGGGAGAAGCCCAAGCUGUAGAUUCAGUCAUUGUCCGUUGCAAAGUGUUUAUGAACAGAGUGAAGAAAGAUCUGGUGGCUCACCAUAGUCAUCUCCGAAGACGAGGUAACAGUAUACUCCACUCAGCCGCCGACAGCGUGACGAGCGCCGUGCAGAAGGCCAGCCAGGCUCUGAACGAGCGAGGUGAGCGAUUGGGGCGGGCUGAGGAAAGGACUGCCGACAUGAUGAACAGCGCCGAACAGUUUGCUGUCACAGCACACAAGCUUGCCAUGAAGCACAAGUGUUAAAACAGCCACUGCCAAAACCAACUGUGGGCUCGGGAGGGGUGGGACGGGGCUUCGCCAAUUGCCCCUCGCCGUCCAGGAUGCGGACUCCGGGAUAUUUAGUUGUGUUGGUGGGAAAAGACAUUGUAAUAUUUGAGUUAUUGCAUUGAGCGACGGGAGGAGGAAGCUGUUGACUUGAAGCCACUUUAUGAAAUUCUGUCAAUAACCUUUUUGUCACGCUGAUAAGCUGUACUGUUUUCUUUUGCCGUUUUAAUUGUCGUUUUAUGCACAGAGCAGCGAUCAUAUGGUUUGAUCCGGGAGACACCCAGUGACGUCUCCUGUUUGUAGCCUAAACCGUCCCCACAUCAACAAUACGACUACAUCCUCGGGAGGCAAAUAAUCGUAUCCGUGCUGCUAACAGAACAUCUGCUCUCCUUCUUUUAAAAAUCAAUAAAUCCUCAAGUGUCCAAGGAUGCUCCCUUCGGAUUGUUGGGGACUUCUUUAAGUUGGGGUUUCCCAAAACUUUUCAAGAACCACACUUGACUAAAAUGCAGUACAUCGCGUAUUACUAGAACACUGGCAUACAGCAUACUAGUGUCCAUCGACACAAGAAAAACAACACACGAGACACAUUUUACUCGGACAACUGACCCAUUAAAAACUGGCUGGUGAUCUGUUUUCGGCCCCGGGUCCCCAGUUUGGGAAACCCUGCUUUAAGCUAUGUUGUUAUCCAUCAUUCCAUAAUAUGUCAAAGCAGUAUUUAUAAGUAAAAUAUCACAUUGGUGUUGUAUUAACCUGAAUAUAUGACGGUAUUUAUUUUUCCUUGACAUUUUUUUAAUGGUCAGGUUAUAUCCAGGCGUCUAGAGAUUCAUACAUGCAAACCAACCAGCUGGCACCAAAUAGUCAGAGCUUUUCUUCCCGUCACUCACUCACACACACACACCAGUGGCCUGGAGAGACACGGAGACAUAGUCAAAAACAAGUGAAAUAUAGUCUUAGUUCAAUCUACCCAGUUGCUGAAAAUCAGAUGUUUGUCUUUGACUUUUUUUGGUCUUAUCUUCACAGACAGUCUGGUUAAUGCACCAACCGCAAGUGAGACUGAAAAAAAGACACAUUUAUUGUCUUUGUGAGACUGUCCACCCAAAAAAACCCAGCAGCCCCCCCCCAGCUACAUUUUGGACCCUGACCCUGGUUUUGGGGUACCUUGCUCUAAGUUAUGUUGCUGUCCAUCAUUUAAAAAAUAUAUAACAAAAACAGUAUUUAGAAAUAGAAAUAUGACAUAUAUACCAUAUUGACCCGAAUAUAGGACGAUCAUCUGAAAAAUAACAGAAGAUAAACAUUUUUUAUCCCACACUGGGGACAUUUCACGGCUGUAGUAUAAAAUUUACAGACAGAGAAUAAACAAAAGACAAGUCGUCUUAUAUUCGGGCUCAAAAGUUUUAUACAUACAAAUGAACGGGUGGCGCUAAACUUCUCCCCAAGCAAGUCAGAGCUUUUCAGCCUGUCACUCACACACACACACACACACACACACACACACACCAGUGACCUGGAGAGACACAAAGACCCACUCAAACAAAAAGUAUGACUUUUUUUCCUAAAACCAUGCUUUGAAAAAGAUGUGGCGUCGUGUAUUCAGGGUCGUCUUAUAUUCGGGUCAAUAUGGUAUAGUUCACGAACCACAAGUGAGACUGAAACAUAUAUAUACAGUAUAUGUAUAUAUAUAUUUACAGUAUAUAUAUACAGUAUAUAUAGUUAAAAAAAUCGAGCUGCACUGGAAGAACAGUACAUUUUCCGUAUUGGAGAGUUAAUGUUCCCAGGAGGCCUGUCGUUCAGAGCUUCUGCGUUGUGAAGAGCAGCAAAACAUGCCAACCUUCAGUAGAGCUGAUGCUUCCCAUACGUCCUAUGGAGUGUUUUCAACUCAGUGGCUCAGAAUCGCUUCUUCUGUAACUUUGGUCAAUCUCAAAACACAACGUGUAGUCUUUGUGUUAUCUUUCAAGGCUUUUUGGCUUCCUCGCUGAUAACGAUACCGCCACUCGCAAUCGAGAUGUAAUUGAUGUAAUUUUUUGUUGUUGUUUUUUUUACAUUGUACAUUUUCUAAUCGAUGACAUUUUAACACGCUGCCAGUUUGGUGGAGUUCGCCUCUUUUAAAAGAAAGUGUGGCCUAAAAAAAGUCAGUGUGCUUUCAACUGUGUAUAACACCAACACUUUGGAUGUUUUAUUGUUUUCAUAAUAAAAAGAUGUUUAAAC